GCUGGAGCCAGGAGAGGGCUGGCAGAGAGAAGGCGAGCACUCCAAGUCACACCAGCACAGCUCUGUAAGCCCCAGAAAGGCAUCUACUUGUAUCUAACUGUUGAAACCUCGCUCUCUAUCUCUCUCUCUGCAGCCAGGAUCAGAAGCGUGGCACCUGCAGUGCAAAAAAACAGAAAAAGAAAAAAAAGAUCUUUAAUUACAUGGGAAUCAAUAGCAACUGCAAAUAACAAGGAAGCAUCUUCCUGGGCUUGCAUUGCAGAAUAAGAGAGCGAGGCAGAAAAAGAGAUAAGGAAGGCUGGGAGAGUGUGGGCAAAGCUAGUGCAGGAAUCGGGGGCUUUCUCCUGCACUGUUACCCCAACUGGUGUGGCUUUCUGUGGGGGUUAAAGAGGGAAAGGCGGGAGAGUGGGGGAGGAGGAGAGAGCUGGCUGAUUUCUCCGUCUUGGCUCUAGCCGACUGGUGGUCUUGGUUGUGUCCGAGAGAGGCUUUUGUAUCUCGGCGGCCAGAGAGAAAGGCAGUGUAAAGGCUGUGAAUGAAGAUGGAAGAUCAUUCCCGGCUGCGACAACCCCACGCCGGGGUCAGCAUCUCAGGGCUGCCCCAGCACCUUCAAGAGACCGGGGGAGAGGCGGAGGGCAGGAAGCAGGACAUUGGAGACAUCUUACAACAAAUAAUGACCAUCACCGACCAGAGCUUGGACGAAGCACAGGCGCGGAAACACGCGUUGAAUUGUCACAGAAUGAAGCCGGCGCUCUUCAACGUGCUGUGUGAGAUCAAAGAGAAAACAGAGUUGAGUAUUCGAGGAGCACAGGAAGAGGAUCCACCAGACCCCCAGCUCCUGCGACUGGACAACAUGCUGCUGGCAGAGGGUGUGGCCGGACCGGAGAAGGGUGGAGGUUCCGCCUCCGCUGCCGCUGCUGCCGCCUCUGGGGGCUCAAGCACGGACAAUUCAGCAGAGCACACUGACUACCGGGCCAAACUGACACAAAUCCGGCAGAUCUAUCACACAGAGCUCGAGAAGUACGAACAGGCCUGCAAUGAGUUUACCACACACGUCAUGAACCUGCUGCGGGAGCAGAGCCGGACGCGGCCCAUUUCUCCAAAGGAAAUUGAGAGGAUGGUCAACAUCAUUCACCGAAAGUUCAACUCCAUCCAGAUGCAACUGAAGCAAAGCACAUGUGAGGCAGUGAUGAUCCUUCGCUCGCGGUUCCUGGAUGCGCGGAGAAAAAGACGUAACUUCAGCAAGCAAGCAACAGAGAUCCUCAAUGAGUAUUUCUACUCACAUCUCAACAACCCCUACCCCAGUGAAGAAGCCAAGGAGGAACUGGCAAAGAAGUGUAGCAUCACAGUGGCACAGGUGUCAAACUGGUUUGGUAACAAGCGAAUCCGAUACAAGAAAAACAUAGGCAAGUUCCAAGAGGAGGCAAAUCUGUACGCCGCCAAAACAGCGGUAACUGCGACAAACGCGACACCUCAAGGAAGUCAAGCCAACUCCCCGUCCACUCCCAACUCCACUGGUACAGAGACACGCUACAGAUCGGUGGGCUCCUGCAGCCCUCCUGCUCCACGCCCUGCUGGCCGCUCAUCAUGUACAAGCUUAGAGAGUUCAUUGGUUUCGUAUAACCUGGCAAGCACUGGAGAUCUGUACAUGAGCAUGCAGGCACUUAACGGGGACACAUUCCAGCAAACCCAGGUCGGCGCAAAUGUGCAAUCACAGGUGGAUUCCCUGCGUCAUGUCAUCAACCAAACUGGAGGAUACAGCGAUGCUCUCGGAACAGGUCGGAUGUACAGUCCACAGCCCUUGAAUACCAAUGGUAGCUGGCAAGAUGCAGCCACUCCAUCCUCAGUGACUUCACCAACAGAAGGUCCUGGAAGUGCCCAGUCUGAUACCUCCAACUGAUCUCCUCACCAUAGGGCCAAUCAGACAAAGGGAAAGGAGGAGGGGUGGAGGAUGUCCAGAGGGAGGGGUGGGCCAGUGAGGCAACUCACCUAAACACCCAAUUAGCUUUCUGUUUUUAUUGGGUGCUGGCCAAUUGAGACAGUCCUUUCAGUCUUUUCUCUGUCCAGGUACAGAAGUACUGGCCUGGAUAAAUCCAACUCCAAACAACUCUGAAGAAGCUUGACACCAUCCAGGACAAUGCUGCCCACUUGAAUUGCACCCAUCUACCACCCUAAAUGUUCAUCCCUUCUGCAACCAGUGAACAGUGCCUGCUGUGUGCACCAUCUACAAAAUGCACAACAGUUACUGACCCAAGCUACUGCAGUCAUACUUCCCAAACCUACUGUGAAAGUAAGUGCCUGGGAAAACCAUUUUGGUUAAUUAAGAAGAGUUAAGACUUUCUGGUGACAUUGUGUACUGGGCUGCAGGUAUUGUAUGACUUUUGCCUCUCCCGACUGGCCUACAAUUUGGUCCUUCUUCUUUGCCAACAAGUUUUGCUGGCAAAGUUUUGUCAGUUUUGCUGGCAAUAAGAUGCUUUGACCCUGCCUGUCCUUGAAGCUUUUUCUCAGCAAUGCCACCUUCCUUAACAGCCAAUGGGACCUUGCAUUGUCAGUGACCUGGAACACAUUGUGUUAACCUUCUGUGCCUGGAUGCUGGCCAGUAUCCUGCAGUACAGCCGGUUUUUAGCCAACCUCUGGCCCCAAGCCCAACAAUUCUCUCCAUUGACUUCUGCUAAACAUAGGAUCAAACCCUCACCAAUCACCUUCCCCCUUCUCCAACAUUUGCCAUUUACUCAGAAGUAGUGCAAAGAAGCAUGCCAUCUGCAGCUAGUGCUGUGACAGUGGCAGAGAUGGGGUUGGAUGGAUUGGCAGUCAGGUGGUUUACUCCUUUUGAUACUUGUGCUCCCACUUGAAUAUACCUUCCCCACUGAGAUGGGCCAAAGAUUCCCAGUAGAUAUUGCACCACAGUGUCAUGUCAUCAAGCACAUCCACCAAGACCAUCAAAGUAACCAAAUAAAAGGCAAGUGAAAGGACAGAAAGGACGUUUAAAGGUUAAAAACAUUAUAAAAAGAUCAUAGGUCUCCUUGCAGCUUUACAGAAAUGUUCCUCACACAUUUCCCCACUCCAGAGUUAAUUCUUGCUUUUUGUAGCAAUCGUUCGAACAUUUAAGUAUGAAUGCUCUUG